ACAUGGCUACGAGAAAGGUUCGGGGCUCGGGCGCGGCGGCGGACCUUCUUUGUUUCUGACAUACAUAUAAAUAUUGGGCAACGGGGUCGGUGAAGUAUUCCAGCUCUGCCAGCUGAACGCGACACAUCUCAGCAUGAGGACCGCGAUAGUUCUGUUGUGCGCCGCCUGCGCCGCGGCCGUGCAGGUGGGCUUCCCCGCCGCCACCAGCUACAUCUACCGCAGCGACAACGCCGGCCCGCCCAGCCUCAUCCAGCUCACGCCCGCCUUCGCCGCGCCGCUGCCGCUCGCGCCCGUGCCGCUGCCCUACGUCAACGCCAAGCCCAUCGCCAUCGAGGACGCCGAAGAGGACGAGGAGAACGGGUACGACGACUCCGACGACGACGACGACGACGACGACGGCGGCAGCGAAGGGCUCCUCGCACACGCCCACGAGAGCGGCGGCGGCAGCAGCUACGGCGAGGAGCAUCACAACGCUCGCGGCGAAAAGGGGAGCAAGGGCUACGCCACCAAGGGCCACCACGCCAAGGGAGUCGCCGGCCACUACGGCAAAGGUCAGGACGAAGGCUUCUACCGCGAGAGUAAGGGAGAAAAAGGCGCCCACCACGACGAGGCCGACGCGCACGGAGCGCACCACCAGGCCGGGAAGAGCUACGAGGGCGGCGAUCACGGCCACAAGAAGCACUUCAGCAAGGGCGAGGACGUGACCGGCUACCACAAGGUGUUCCACAAGGACGAGUUCAAGAAGGACCACGACUUCUACGACGAGGCCGCCAAGGACGGCCACUUCAAGAAGCACGGCUACCACAAGGCGCACCACGGCGCGGAGAAGGGGGCGCACGCGAAGGGCGGCCAGAACGCCGCCGGCUACGAGAAGGACGGGUACGGCAAAGCUGGCUACCACACCGAGGGGCGAGUGGACGAGGCGGACGAGGAGCGCGCGGCGGAGCGGGGCGGCGACAGCCACCACAGCCGCCACGAGGACUACGGCAACAAGGGCGCCCGCCGCCGCGGCGAGGAGUACGCCUACGCCGACGGCGACGACUACGAGUGAACGUUCCGUCCAACCUUCGAGUCCUAUUUUGUCUGUUGUACAUUUUAAUUUAUUAUUCUAAGUGCUACUGUCGGUUAUUUUGUUAUGUUUGAUUACUUACUGAAUGAGGCUGUAAAUAUUUUUAUAUUUCGUAAUUGUAAAUAAAAAAUGCAUAGCAUGUACUUACUCGAUUUAUUUUCUGAACCCUUUCUGAAACUUCCUACGUCGUCUUUUGCCUACAGCUGGCUGAUCUGUAGGUGCAGAACGAAGUAGUGUUAUGUGCCGCUCCUAGUGUCCAGACUACUCGUACUCGUGAUCCUCCGUGGUACGUGGGCAUUCAUAGAUUUAAAGCACUCAAACACUGGUGCUAACUGG